AUGACUCGCUUGAUUUAUGGGACAAUCUUGAAUAGUUCCUUUUUGCAGAUCAAAAGAGCUGCUCUCAAUGAACUGAUUGAUCACAUUACAACUACAAAAGGAGCCAUCGUCGAGUCAAUCUAUCCAGAGGUGAUAAAAAUGGUCUCAAAGAACAUCUUCCGCGUGCUGCCUCCAUCGGACAAUUCUGAGUUUGAUCCUGAAGAGGACGAGCCCACUCUCGAAGUUUCUUGGCCGCAUUUGCAGGUUGGAAACUCAGCAGUCAUUUUCAUCUUCACUUUUUGUAUUAUCUUGCUUUGUAACCUCAUGCAUUUUUCAACAGCUUUUUUGUAUACGAGACUGAUUCUUUCAAUGGAGUGGGAGAAUUACUUGAAAUCCUUGGAAGGUGGGGUUGAUCAAAGACAUCUGCUUUAUUUUAUUCGCAGAAAAUUAUAUCAUCUCAAUUAUAGUAUCAUCAAUGGCUUCGCUCUACCUUUGAAGCAAGAGCACAAAGUCUUCCUUGUAAAAGUUCUUCUUCCAUUGCACAAACCU